CGGUAGCUUCUCCAUAACAAUAUAUUUACAAUUUCAAAUUACAACGCUUUAAAACGUUUAUGUUUUAUGUAAAAACCGCAUCUAAUGGAUGACAUAGGGAUAUUAAUGUGAUGAUAAAUCGAUAGAAUUAACAGAUCAACUAUAUGAAGGGAAAAACGAAUCUUUAUAAUUCUAUGAAUUAAACUUUAUUUUAAGCGAAUUUGGUGUGUUUUCGGAUAACCUCGGAUAACGGACAGUGUUUGAGAGUAAGAUGAAAUAGUCAUGUUUACCAUUAGUUAUAUUGAAAUUAUUCGUAUAUGUAUACGAAUGUAUAUAAAUAAAUAACCAUGCGCUUUCUUUUUCACAUUUCAUUUGCGGAUUUUUGUAUAAGCGAUGAAAAAUCGAUUUAGACUGAAUGACAAGCGAAUAGUGUAUUCAAAAAGACCGCAUUCAAAAUAGAUUUUCGUUUAAAAGUGCGUUCACUGUAGCGAUAAAAUAUCAGGUUUAUAAAAAAUGAAUUUUAACGUAGGAUGUUCAUGACUGAUUGAUGUGGAUAUAUUGUGUUGUUGCAUGUGUAAAUAAUUAUGUAUAUUAAACAACAUACGAAACGGAUUUGACUAUUCAUAAGUUACAUUGCCGAUUUUAUGUACAUACUAUCUCAGAAAGUGUGAACAAAUACGUAACCAUGGCAACUAAAGACACAAGUCCGUCUCGUGUCCGAAGAACAUUACCUCUUCUGUGGUCCGAAAAAUCACUAAACCUUGUGGAUUUGUUGAAAGAAUUUACACUUCCGGUUAUAGUGAAGAUGAAUGCAGACGAUAAAAGUAAAAAGAAGAAAGACGCUAGUUCAAUGCUGCAACAGCCAUUGUUGUUAUUCAAAGAGGUCAAAGGGUUCAAGGUCGUUGCUAGGAAUAUAUCAAGUCUGGUAGCAGUGAAAACUUCCAAAGAUGGCGUUCAGUUCAAAGAGGGCGGAUCAGUUGUAGUCAUUCCCGUGGACUAUCCAGGUUGGUUCCGGAUAUUAGAAGAAGAUACAGUUCCAAUCCUUAGCGUAGCAAACAUUGCCAGGAUCAUGCCAGCCUCCUUCCUCUCAACCAAAAGAUUGACUGGUUUCACUCUGUUAGAUCCACUGAAUAAAAAGGAAAUCAUGUAUGAAAAACUCGAGUACCCGCCCGGAGUAUUUUACGUGCACAGCGUCUUUGAAGAUUACGUCAAAUACGUCGCUGAAAAGAACGCUGUGAAAAGAAAAUUGCUGCGUUGUCUGGUUUGUGUUACUGAAGACGGGAUAGACGUUUUGAUACCGUUUGAUGUAACGGGAGAAUUUUAUAUUGUUGAAUAUAAGAAAGCUGUGUCAAAAAGUGUAAAAGCCGACAGCAAUGCUUGCGCGUAUACUUUAAAACAACUUGUCGCUGUCGGUGCUUUCACAAAACCUCUUGUGCUAAAACUUUUAAAAGGGGAGCCACCAAGUAAACCGUGUGGUUUUUCGGGCGUUGUGAAAGUAUUUGAUAUUGUAAAAGACUGGACAAUCGUAGCAGAAACACUCGAUGGAAACCGGAAACUCCUCGAACUACCGGUUUUGCCGUUCCCAGAAUUCACUCCGUCCACUAAUGGAACAGAUCUCUUAGAAACUGGCACACUCCGCCCAGAGCUAAUGUUCAUGGGUGGCGGGGCUGCAGAUAAAUAUGCCAAAGAAAUGAAAGUAAAAACAAGUUUUAACCUGCAACAACCGUCAAAAGUAGAAGAAAAAACUAAGUUACCGCCACUCAAGUUCGGUAAGUCAGUAACAGUGCCAAAAAGACAUAAAGAAGAAACGAAAGAUAUGGAAGAUACGGAAGAAAAUGAAGGUCAUUUCUUCUUUGGUCAAUAUUUACUAGAACAAAAUAAGUCGGACUCUACCAAUUUAUAAUAAUUUUUAUUCCUAUUAAAAAUAGAUGUACUCUGUAGCAACACAAUGAUAUGGAGAUUAAAAUGAUAAAUGAAACUUUUUCUUUCCGUGUUCGAUAAAGCGGUUAUGAUUUCUUUUAUUGUAAAGGAAUUUCUGACAUAAAGAAUCUAUGGUGGCAUAUUUC